AUGGCUUGGGGCGAGCUGGGGCUGCUCCGCUGGCUGCGGGAGAGCCGCCAGUCCCGCAAACUCAUCCUGCUCAUCGUCUUCAUCGCCCUGCUGCUGGACAACAUGCUGCUCACCGUGGUCGUGCCAAUAAUUCCCAGUUACCUUUACAGCAUCGAACACGAGAAAAAUGCCACAGAAAUCCAGACUACUAAGCCUAACCUACCCUCAGCAACGAUGGACAAUUUUCAGAGCAUCUUCUCCUACUAUGACAAUUCCACCAUGGUCACUGGGAAUGAAUCUGACCAGACACAGCCUGGAGAGCUGCACCAGACCCAGACUGAACAAAUGGUUGUCACUGUGACUCCUUCCCCCUCUGACUGCCCCAAGGAUGACAAGGAGCUGCUGAAUGAAAACGUCCGUGUUGGUCUCUUGUUUGCUUCAAAGGCAACAGUGCAGCUGAUGACCAACCCCUUCAUAGGGCCCCUGACCAACAGAAUAGGCUACCAGAUUCCACUGUUUGCUGGCUUCUGCAUCAUGUUUGUUUCAACAAUCAUGUUUGCCUUCUCUGGAAGUUAUGCACUACUAUUCAUUGCCAGGUCCCUUCAAGGAGUGGGUUCCUCAUGUUCUUCUGUGGCAGGGAUGGGUUUGCUUGCCACUGUUUAUACGGAUGAUGAAGAGAGAGGCAACGCAAUGGGAAUUGCACUUGGAGGCCUGGCCAUGGGAGUAUUAGUGGGCCCCCCUUUUGGGAGUGUCAUGUACGAGUUUGUGGGGAAGAGCUCUCCUUUCCUGGUGCUGGCAGCGCUGGCUCUGUUUGAUGGAGCUGUUCAGUUACUCGUUCUGCAGCCCUCCAGAACACAGGCAGAAAGUCAGAAGGGGACACCUUUACUGACACUUUUGAAGGACCCGUACAUCAUUAUUGCAGCAGGAUCAAUCUGUUUUGCAAACAUGGCUAUUGCUAUGCUUGAACCAGCUUUACCCAUCUGGAUGAUGGAGACCAUGUGCUCAAAAAAAUGGCAGCUUGGUGUCGCUUUUCUUCCAGCUAGCAUCUCUUAUCUCAUUGGGACGAAUCUUUUUGGGAUACUUGCACACAAAAUUGGAAGGUGGCUUUGUGCUUUGCUUGGGAUGCUAAUCGUGGGAAUAAGUAUUUUAUGUGUACCGUUUGCUAAAAAUAUUUAUGGACUCAUAGCACCAACUUUUGGAGUUGGAUUUGCCAUAGGGAUGGUGGACUCCUCCAUGAUGCCAAUCAUGGGGUACCUGGUGGAUCUGCGCCACGUGUCAGUCUAUGGCAGCGUGUAUGCAAUAGCUGAUGUUGCCUUCUGCAUGGGCUUUGCCAUAGGUCCCUCUGCUGGUGGUGCCAUUGCCAAGGCUAUUGGGUUCCCAUGGCUCAUGACAAUUAUAGGAAUUGUGGAUAUCAUCUUUGCUCCCCUGUGCUUUUUCCUUCGAAGUCCACCUGCCAAAGAGGAGAAAAUGGCAAUACUCAUGGAUCACAACUGCCCCGUGAAAACAAAAAUGUACACCCAGAACAACAUCCAAUCCUACCCCAUAGGUGAAGAAGAGGAGGAAUAUGAAAGUGAUGAAUAACAGAAAAGCCAUAUAACAUAUUUAGGUGUACAAAAUGCUGUGGUUCAUGUGAAACAUCUCAUCCGGAAAUAGGUUUUAGUUGUACUGUAUAUUUAAUAGUGAAAUGGUCAGAAAAACCAAAGGUAUAUUAUUUAUUGCCCGUGACUAUAAAGCAGACUGCAAACCGCCUUACAGGGGGGAAAGAGCUUUUAUAGAACAUUUGUAUAGUGUUACUCUUUGUGUAUUUAAUUUUAUUGAAUAUUACACUCUAUUUUUUAUUAAAUGUGUAGUAUAAAUCUGUAUAAAAUGUGAAUUUUAACUAUUUGGUUUUUAAAUCCACCUCCUUGACCGUAUUUCAUAUUUUAUUUGAAGUCAUAGGUUACUGUCAAACUUGAGUCUUUCUUAAUUGAUUAGAAAUGUAAAAAAGCAACUCUCAAAGAAAACCUAUCCAAUUUGCAUCCGUUUAAGUGACACCCUUGUAAGUGCAUUCAGAGGAGCUGGAAUUCAGAGUGUGGACAGCACUAUCACUUUUUUCAUCAACUUCAGAUCAUAAUAAUAUAGAUAAAAAACUAAGUAAGAGGCACAACUUCUCUGCCAGUUUAAAUAGUGAGUUCUCCCUGAACUACCAAUGUUGAGGAAAACAUGUUGUGUGUGUAAACAGAUGAGUGCAUUGCUAUUACUGAAAUUUAUCAAAGUUUUAAUCAAGCAGUUGUGCAAUAUGAAGCCCCUAAACACCACCAGGUAAACAAGUCAGUAUGAACAUGCACUGUUCCUUGCCCUUAGCAGGGAAUGUAACAGCAUGAGGAUGCUUUUUAUAUUUCUAUCUUUUGAAUAUCUUUUAACAUAUUUCACUUUAUUUCAGUUGCAUCUUGAGUGACUGGUUAGGAAAAGCUGCAGUAUUACAGUAUUUAGUCUUAGCAUGUACUGAAAGUGAGCUGCUAACUGGAGCAAUUAAAACUCUUUUACAGAUACAUCUAAAAAUUCAAUGUGCAUUUAUUUUUUAAAA